UCUCUCUUUCUCUCUCUCUCUGUCGCUGUCUUUGCGGCGCCGUUGAUCAGCAGCAGCAACAAUGUGGUGCAUCAACUGCGCCUCGGACAAAACCCCCGCGAUCCUGCACAACAAGCUGCUGUACUGGCAGGUUAAGUCUUUGGCCGACUCCAUGGACGACUCCCUCACCUGCCAGUCUGGCCGUGAAGACUCACAGGAGGUGGGAGGAGAGGGAGAGGACGACGAUGAGGAGGACGAGGAAGAGGGAGAUGAAGACGAGGAAGAGGAGGAGGAGGAAGGGGAGGAGGACGAGGAGGAAGAUGAGGAUGAAGAUUACAGAGAGUGUGCGUGGCGCAACGCCAACCCAUCCUCCCGUCGCUUGGCAGGCCGGUUGGGAGGAGUGGGAGGGAGAGGAGGCGUGGGAGGAGGAGCUGCCAUGCACGAGGACAGCACCGCCACCUCCUUCAGCGAUGUCACCCUCUACAUGGACGAGGGCUGCCUCCCCUCCUCACCGCUCUCCCGCCCGCCAUCCUCGCCGCUCUCCCGCCCCGCCUCCAGCUCUGACACAGAGUACUGGGGAGGGGGAGGAGGAGGUGCAGGGGGGAGGGAGGACAGCAGAGAGACAGAGGGAGGCAGCAGCGCCAGCCGGAGGAGCAGCACCCCCUGCACAGAGUGUCGAGGGGAGUACAGAGGGAGAGCAGGAGGUGGAGGGGGAGGAGGAGGAGGACACCUCCCCGUCCUGACUAUCGAACCACCCAGUGACAGCUCAGUGGACAUGAGUGACAGGUCAGAGCGAGGCUCUAUCGGACGCCUGGUGUAUGAACAGGAGCCGUCAGGAGUCGAGCGAGGAGGAGAGAGGGAGAGGAGGGGAGGAGAAGGGGAAGGAGAGAGUGGAGAGGAUGAGCGAGGAGGAGGAGGAGGAGGAGGGGGAGGAAGCAGCGAAGCCGACUCUCCGCAGGGAACGAUCAAACACAAACCCAACGGCCGCUCCACGGCGCAGGGGCAGACCCGCAGCCCCGCCAACGUCCCCUUACCAAUGCCUUCGGCCCGGACCCUGCCGCCACACCCGCUCCCUCACCCACUCCAACACCCCCACUCACACCCCCACCCUCACCCGUCGCCCAUCCCCCAUCUACCCACCAUCCUCCACCACCACCCGCAGUACAGCCAGCCGCACAUCAUGCACAUGCACCACGUGCACGGCGGCAGCCCUUACAUCCAGCACGCUCACCACUUCGCCCAACACCACUACCACCACCUGCACCACCAACACCACCACCUCCCCCACGGUUACCCAGAACCCCCUUCCUCUCCGCUGCCCUCCCCGGUGCCGCCGCUCACACCUCUCUCACCCCUGCCGCCACCACUCACGCCCUCACCGCUGUCCUCCUCUUCCUCCUCUGCGCUCCAGAACAUGGAGGCGCAGCAGCAGCACCUCGCCCACCACCCCCAUCUCCACCACCACCACCUGCUCUGCUCUGACGGCGACAACGAGAGCGUCAACUCCACCACCACCAACUCCAACGACGACACAACGGUCAACAACUGCAGCUCCGGCUCCUCGUCACGAGACAGCCUGCGUGAGCCGAUAGGAGGAGCCGCGCUGGGCAAACAGACCUAUCAGAGAGAGAGCCGCCACAGCUGGGACUCUCCCGCCUUUAACAACGACGUGGUGCAGCGGCGGCAAUACCGCAUCGGACUCAACCUGUUCAACAAGAAGCCGGAGAAGGGGAUCCAGUACCUGAUCGAGAGGGGCUUUGUGUCGGACACACCGGUGGGCAUCGCCAGGUUCAUUCUGGAGAGGAAAGGACUGAGCAGGCAGAUGAUCGGAGAGUUUCUGGGCAGCCGGCAGCAGUUCAACAAGGACGUCCUCGACUGCGUUCUGGAUGAGAUGGACUUCUCGGGGAUGGAUCUAGACGACGCUCUGAGGAAGUUCCAGGCUCAGAUUAAAGUUCAAGGUGAAGCUCAGCGGGUGGAGCGGCUGGUGGAGGCCUUCAGUCAGCGGUACUGUGUUUGUAACCCGGUGCUGAUCCGCCAGUUCCAGAAUCCAGACACCAUCUUCAUCCUGGCCUUCGCAAUCAUCCUCCUCAACACGGACAUGUACAGCCCCAACGUCAAGCCGGAGAGGAAGAUGAAGCUGGAGGACUUCAUCAAGAACCUGCGGGGGGUUGAUAACGGCCAGGACAUCCCCAGAGACCUGCUGGUGGCGAUCUACGGAAGGAUCCAGAAAUGGGAGCUGAGGACCAACGAUGACCACGUGUCUCAGGUCCAGGCAGUGGAGAGGAUGGUGGUCGGCAAGAAGCCUGUGCUAUCGCUGCCUCAUCGCAGGUUGGUGUGCUGCUGUCAGCUGUUUGAGGUUCCAGAUCCGAAUAGAGCUCAGAGGAGCGGCGUCCACCAGAGAGAAGUCUUCCUGUUCAACGACCUGCUGAUGGUGACUAAGAUCUUCCAGAAGAAGAAAACCUCAGUGACGUACAAUUUCAGACAAUCAUUUCCUCUGUUGGACAUGCAGGUCCACACCUUCCAAAACACCUACUACCCUCACGGUAUCAGACUGACGUCGGCGAACCCCGGAGGAGAGAGGAAGGUGCUGAUCGUCUUCACGGCUCCGAGCCAGCAGGACCGAGCACGCUUCACCUCCGACCUCCGAGAGAGCAUCGCAGAGGUCCAGGACAUGGAGAAGUACAGGGUGGAGUGUAAGUACUCCUACCACAGUACCGCUGCUAGUAAAGUGCAGCAUCAGAGGAUGCAACACGGCGUCGCCCAGCACCCGCGCUACAGCAUGGGCUUCAUCACGCCCCCACCGCUGUCCCCUCACUCCCCCGUCACCCCUACUACCCCGCACGGACUCUACCACUCGCACCCAGCGGCGGCACGGCCGGGUGGAGGCGGCAAGCUCCCACUGACCAUCUCGCACUCGCAGCCCCACCCACACGCUCACACACACUCUCACAACCACGUCGCGCACACACACUCCCCGCUCAGCCCCUCCCCCUCUGCCUCCCCCUCCACCCACUUCAUUUUCUCCACCCCGCCACCCCAGACGCCCUCGGCCCGCCUCGUCACCCAGACGCCUCCGCAGCCCUACGGACCCCAGUACCCACCGCUCACCUCCAUCCCACCGCCACCUCCACACUCCCCCUUACCCCCCCCGUCGGCCGGCCCGCUCUCCCUGCACCCAGGGGCAGGGGGAGGGCAAGGGGGAGGCCCCAAAUCGAAACCAGUCAGCCGGAUCAGCACGGUCGUGUGA